CACAGAGUCCUCGGGUUGUGUGCAUUGUUUUGAUUUUCAUCACGAUCAGCUGAAUUAGGAUCGCGGGACUCAGGGAUUCGUCAUUUCCGAUGUGGUCACAUUCGGUUUCGGUGGGUCAUGCAUCGCGGAUGAUCUUACCAUCCGAUCGAUCCGACUAGCUCCGGUAGACAUCUUGGCCACUUUCUAUAACUGUAAACGAACACUAUUGCUUCUGUUAGGUGAAUUUACGAUCGCUUUUCCCUCGAAGAAAACGGAGAUAACGGUGGACUAGUUCAUGUGCUAAUUGAUGUUAAAAAAAAAAACCUCCCAAAAUAAAUCAAAUAUUUUUGGGAACGGCAAUCAAUUCAACGGUUUCGGAAACGCUGCCGCCAACGACGUCACGGGCUGGAAUGUGUCACUAAACGCAAUAGCGUUAGGGAGGAAAGCUGAAAAAGUUUGACGUUUCACGUCGAAAUGAAACCGAGGCGGACAGGCGCAACGCGCGGAUAUGAGGAAAUGGAUGGCGCUAACGUUCCCGGCUACGGUGGGGUCACAAAUGGAACGAGCGGAUCGGUGACCAGAACAGACGCAGCCAGUGAUCCGUCGAGUCCGAUCAACAAUGGUGGCGCCCCACCGGAAUUCGAACUGGCUUCGGUUAGUGUUGUACCCGACGAUACGUUCACGGUGACCCAGGCGGUCAAUGCGCUUGGUUUUGGGUGGUUUCAAGUGAAACUCUCCCUAUGCGUGGGACUAUGUUGGAUGGCCGACUCGAUGGAAAUGACCAUUUUGAGCGUCUUGGGACCGGCACUACACUGCGAUUGGGGCAUUACGCGAUAUCAGCAGGCACUCGUCACCACGGUCGUAUUCUUGGGGAUGAUGUUGAGCUCCACAUUUUGGGGACACCUGAGUGAUCGCUACGGAAGGAAGCCUGCCCUCACACUUUGUGGCGUGUUAUUAUUCUUGUACGGAUUGCUGAGUUCAGUGGCGCCCAGCUUUGGGUGGCUUCUACUGCUGCGAGGACUAGUCGGAUUCGCCAUUGGUUGUGUCCCACAAUCCGUCACGUUAUAUGCGGAAUUUCUCCCAACGAAACAACGCGCCAAAUGCGUCGUAUUAUUAGAUUGUUUCUGGGCAUUGGGCGCAUGCUUCGAGGUAGCGCUAGCACUCGCCGUUGGACCGAACCUUGGCUGGCGUUGGCUUCUAGGUCUCUCGGCAGCACCACUGUUUGCAUUUGCCGUCAUAACCCCAUGGUUACCAGAAUCAGCGCGAUAUCAUGUUACCAGUGGACAAAGCGACAAGGCGUUGGCCACUCUCGAGCAGAUCGCCAAAGACAACAAGCGACCGAUGCUUCUCGGGCGACUUGUAGUGGAAGGUCCCAGCGGAUCGCGAGGCAGCGUAAAGGCGCUGCUGGGCAGCUCCCUAAGGCGAACCACCCUGCUACUGUGGUUCAUAUGGAUGUCCUGCGCGUUCUGCUACUAUGGACUGGUGCUCAUGUCCACCGAACUGUUUGGAGGAAAAAAUAAAACUAUCCAGCCGGAUAUGGAGAACGACUGUCACCCGCUGGCCACGACCGAUUAUAUGGAUCUUCUGUGGACGACGCUGGCGGAGUUCCCCGGGAUUUUCGCUACCAUCUAUGUGAUAGAGAAAUUUGGCCGCAAGAAGACGAUGGCCUUGCAGUUCCUGUUCUAUGCCGGAUGCGUUCUGCUUAUUACCGUGACCGAUGUCCGAGUUUUUCUCACGAUCAUUUUGUUCAUGGCACGAGGUGUGAUCGCGGGUCUCUUCCAAGCGGCAUACGUGUACACCCCUGAAGUGUAUCCGACGGCGUUGCGAUCGGUGGGGGUUGGCGGCUGCUCGGCUCUGGCGAGGCUUGGCGCAAUGGCCACUCCCUACGUGGCUCAGGUGCUGUUCCAGGCGUCGGUGUGGAGUGCCGUUUCGGUGUAUGGGUUCUUCGCUGUUUGCGCCAGCGUCGCCUGCAUUCUUCUUCCCUACGAAACUAGAGGCGCCGAUAUGGCCGCAUAGUUGCACCUGAAUCAUGAAUGGAUAGGGAACGCAACUUUCUCUCAAUCCUUACGCACAUUCGUUAAAGAAAACGAUUAAAAAACCGGACACAAUAAUACCUCUUCGCAGAAAGGAAACGAAACCUUUUGUUACUGUUAUUAUUUUUGCUUUUUUUUUUAUUAAACAAGUCUUUUGCUAGAUUUAGGAAGUGUGUUUGUAUAUAUAAACAUUUAUUUAUUUAUAUUAAAUAUUUAUUGCUAUGAAUAAAAACCUAUUUCACCUGUGUAGAACACAUUA